CCCUGAACAUACAGUGAUUGUUAGUAAAAAGCCAGUGAGGCAUCUGUAUUAUACUGGAGACUCGUUCAAACACAGCUUUGCUGGGUCCGCGUAGAAAUCGAAGCGCAAAAGUCGUACUAGGUCAGCUCACCUGAAGACUGAAGUCAUCUCUGAGAAACAUGGACUGCCAUAAUGAGGAGUGCAGUCGGCCCCAGGAGGAGGAGGACAUCAUGGACAUCCCCCUGGAUGACCCAGAGGCCAACAGGGCUGCCGCCAAGAUCCAGGCCGGCUUCCGGGGCCACAUGACCCGCAAGAAGAUGAAGCCCGAGGACAAAGCGGAAGGGGAGGAGGUGAGCAGCACUGGGGAUGUGCUCAACGGAAGCCGGGGGGACACAGCGACAGGAGGAUCGGGGGCAGUAGAGAGCGACGACACAUCUGUGCCAGAGCAGUGA